AGGAAGAUAAAUCAUAAGCCAUGAUCUCACCGUAAGCUUUUAAACAGAGUGCAAGAAUGAAAACAACCCAUGCAAGUGAAGAUAUUGUGCAGCAGACCAGUUUACUAAAGAGCGCGGAGAGGGCGCGAGAGUAUGACGAGAUCACGUCCUUCCUUGGGUCCUGGGGUCCGUUUCAGUUUCUCAUCUUCUUCUCCCUGGCUUUCAGCAUCCUGCCUAAUGGCAUCGUUGGGGUUUAUAUCGUUUUUGUGGGGGACACGCCGCCCCACGAGUGCCUGGUACCCCAGGACAGUAACAUCAGUGAGGGAUGGAGGAACGUGAGCAUCCCCCUGGAGCAAGUGAACGGAGUUCUGAGACGGAGCUCCUGCAGCAGAUACAGCCUGGACGUGCUCAAGAACUUCUCCCUGCUGGACCUCGACCCUCAUGUGGACGUGAACCUUAGUGGACUUCCACAGGAGAGAUGCCUGGAUGGAUGGACAUACAGUAAAGAGGUCUACCAGUCCACCAUUGUUACCGAGUGGGACCUGGUGUGUGAGAAUGAGCAAAAGGAACCUCUGACAACCUCCAUCUACUUCUUGGGCGUACUGUUUGGCACGUUCAUCUCUGGGCAGCUCUCCGACAGGUAUGGAAGGCGCCCUAUCAUGCUUGGCACCAUGGCCAUCCAGACGGUGACCAUCUUCAUCCAGAUCUUCUCGCCCAGCUGGGAGUUCUUCACCAUCGACUUCUUCUUCAUUGGAGCCAGUGGAUUCUCCAACUACGUCGUUGCCUAUGUGCUCGGCUCUGAGAUGCUGAGCCCAGCCACUCGAGUGAUGUUCUGCUCCCUGGGUGUCUUCAUGUCCUCCAACAUUGGCCAGGUGCUGCUGCCCCUGUUCGCCUACUUCCUCAGGGACUGGAGGCUCCUGAUCAUUCCCAUGGCCGCCUCUGGAUUACUCUACAUCCCCCUCUGGUGGCUGGUCCCAGAGUCUCCGCGCUGGCUCCUGUCCCAGGGAAGGGUGGAGGAGGCUGAGGCCAUACUCAGGAAAGCAGCUAGGAUGAACAAGGUGGCCGUGCCAGAGGUCAUCUUCACGCCCAUUGAGAUCUUGGAGGCCAAGGCCAAAGAGGAGAAGAAGCACAGCAUGCUGGACAUCCUGAGGAGCUGCAACGCCGUGACCCUCAUCAUCGUCUGCUCCAUCCUCUGGAUGGUCAUCACCAUGGCCUACUUCGCCCUGCUGCUGAACACCACCAACCUGCACGGCAGCAAGCACUUCAACUUCUUCCUGUCGGCGGUGGUGGGGAUCCCCGCCUACAUCGUGGCCAUGCUGCUGCUGAGGUACUGCUCGCGUCGCUUCUGCCAGUCCUCCACCCUCGUGCUGGGCGGCGUCAUGAUCCUCCUCAUCCAGCUUGUGCCCACAGAUCUGCCAGAAGUAGCCAUCUUUCUGGAGAUGGUGGGCAAGUUUGGCAUCACGGCAGCCUUCUGCGUGGUUUACGCCGUGACCGCUGAACUCUUCCCCACUGUGGUGCGCAACAUGGCCAUGGGGACGUGCUCAAUGGCCGCGCGCAUCGGAGGCAUCAUCUCCCCCUUUGUCAUUUAUCUAGGAAAUUAUUACAAAUACAUUCCCUACAUCCUGAUUGGCAGUUUGGCUGUGCUCUCGGGCCUGCUAUGUUAUGUGCUGCCUGAGACGUUUGGAAAGGUCCUCCCGGAGACCAUUGCUGAGAUGCAGACAGUCAUACGGGUUGGCCAGUCCAAGGAGAAGCAUCAAGACCAGCAGUGUGACACACCAAGCCAAACUGCAGACGUAUGCCCUUCAAAAUACCCAACAGUGCAGUCUACCUCUAUUGCAUAAUGUUUUGUAUACAUUUUGUAAAGAAUUGGAAUAAAGAAUUGCUAUUUGGAUAUA